AGGUUUUGAAGAGCAACCAGUUGACGAAUUCGACUCGUACAAGGUCGUUCCAGCAUCAACAUGGCCGAUCAAAUAGCUACCCCGACAGAUCAGCAUCAGACGUCGUUGUCCUCUCUCGUUAACACCCUCGAGACCGCACCCGAGACUUUCUUGACGCCUACGCCCGCUCUUCAUGCUUCGACCCUUGUAGUGGCUAAGCGCCUUCUCGACCCCGUCGCAAAACAGUUUUCGAACGUGUUCAAUGAGAUUUACUUGCAGGGGAUGGACGUUGAGCAGAUCUGGGAGCAGGUUAGGAUGGUGACGGAUGAGGUGGAUGAGGAGGAGUAUGGGAGUGAGAUGGAGGAGAAUGAGUUUGAGGGGUUCCAUAGUGAGGACGAGGAGGGUGUGGAGGGGGAGAGUUUCCUUGAUACUGAAGCCGAGGAGGACUUUGAGGAGGAGGAAGAGGAUGAGGAGAUGGAGGGUGACGCAUCCAUUGACCGUGAUGUCGACGAGCAGAUGUUUGAGAGCGACGACGAAGAGAACGAUGAAGAGGGCGACGCCGCCGAUGAAGAAGCUGGCGAGGAGUACACAAAAGACGUCUUCGGCCUCAACGACAAAUUCUUCUCCAUCGACGAUUUCAACCGCCAAACUGAGGAAAUGGAGAACCGCAACAUGAUGGACGAAGACGACGAGAUCGACUACUUUGCCGACCCAGAUCAGCAAAACGUCGAGGGCGAGGAAGACCAGCCUGAGGAGAUCAAGUACGAGGAUUUCUUUGGUCCUAAGAAGGGUGCGAAGAAGGUUGCUGAGGCUGAGAAGCAAGAGGAGGAGGAGGACAACGAUGACCAGAUCUUUAACCGCAUGCAGAAAGACUUGUUUGCGGAUGAGGAAGAGGAUGAGCGUGACGCUGUCGGUAAGCCCGCGUCUGCCGCAGCGAAGCGCCAAGCUGCCAUCGCCGACGAGAUCCGAAGAUACGAGAUGGAGAACAUCGGGAAGAAGGAUUGGACGAUGAUGGGUGAGGCGAAGGCGAGGGACAGACCAACGAACGCUCUCCUCGAGGAGGAUGUCGAGUUUGACCGUGCGGCAAAGCCCGUACCGGUCAUCACCGAGGAGACCACGCAGACGUUGGAGGAAAUCAUCAAGCAACGAAUUCUUGACCAGAACUUUGAUGAUAUUGUUCGGAGACAUCCGGACUCAAUACCGGAGUUCAAGGCGAGCAGGUUGUUGCCCGAUAUCGACAACGAGAGAUCUUCGAAGUCUCUGGCGGAGCAGUAUGAGGAUGACUACCAGAAGAAGAUGAAUCCGACAAAGACGGAUGCACGGGAUGAGAAGUUGUACAAAGAACACGAGGAGAUCUCGAAGUUGUUCGCGGAUAUCGUACACAAACUCGAUGCGCUGACUUCCUACCACUACACGCCCAAACCACCAACAGAAUCCAUUACAGUCGUCACCAACGCACCCACAAUCGCGUUGGAAGAAGCCCAACCAACUUCCCUCGCCGCAAAAGACCAACUCGCCCCUCAAGAAGUCUACUCCGCCGACCGCCGCGCCAUGCGCGCCGAAGGUCUCCUUGUCGGUCCCUCCGGACUCCCACAAGCCCGCAGCGAAAUGUCCCGCGAAGAAAAAGCCACGAAUCGCCGUCGCGACAAACAGAGACUCAGGAAGAAGCUCCGUGCGGAGAACGAGAAGAAGGCGGUGGACGAGAAGGCGGGGAAGAAGCAGAGUCAGAAGGACAUGGAUGGAGAUGUUGUGAAGACUUUGAAGAGUGCUGGGGUUACGGUUAUUGGGAAGGGUGGAGAGAAGAGGGAUUUGCAAGGAAAGUUGCAGCAG